GUCCGGUUGGAAGUGUUUGUUCAUUAACCGGUUCGGACUGGCUUGAGUGACAGAGCUGCCAUUUUGCGGUCCAACCGUCCUCUUCGAUCCGGUUUAACAACACUGCGUGCGUAUUAUCAAUUAUGUAUUAACACCCACGAGCGACGCACGUGAUCUCAGAAGCAGAAAGAAAGCAGAGACAAUAAAUCCUCUUCGAGUUUAUCGUCCUCUUCCUCUCAGCCCACAGCCGUCUGUAAAACGACUUUUCCUUGCCGGACAACCUCCUUUCCCGCCGUCUAUUUCGCUGUCCGGCGAAGAGUCUCCCGACGACCGAAGUCCUCCCAAGUCGUUCCGCCGUAAGUUCUUUCCUCUUUUUUUUUUUUUUAAUCCCCUUGCGAAAUCCAUAGAUUGCAGAUCCUUCACUAUCAGUGUUUUUUAUCUGGGAGACUAUCUUUCUUCAGCUAAGUCCGAUAAUGGAGUUUGAUGAUCAUGUGUCUCUCUGAAACUUUGGAAUUAUGCCAUUGUUGUGUUAGAGUUAGAUUUUUCUCUUGGGAAAUUACAUGGGUCUCAUUUGAAUAGUUGAAUGGCACUGUGAGCAUCCACAUUUUAAGAGUUAUAUAAUGUUAUAUGGCAAUACCUGAAUUAUGAUCUCCUCUGGCCAAUUUAGUAGACCCAAGGAAGAGCUGGGGAAAAUGCUAUUGUCAACGUCCCUGCGUUUACUCUAUCCCGCUAUCUCAUUUAGUUCACUACUUAAGCUCAAGUCUUCAACUCCAAGGUGUUUUCGCCUUCAAGAAUCGAUAGUUGGUUCAGGUUUGUGUGCAUGUGUGUUAUCUUUGGUUGGGAAGAAAUCUGGAAAAAAAAGUUUGUAUCUUUGAAGUUAUAAGUAUGUUGAUCUUCAGAGGUUUAAAGAUAUACGUCAAUCUCAUCAAUGCCGCAGUACUCUUUUGAGUUUUAUAAUUUGGAAAUUCUGUUGGAGAAGAUUAUCAUCGAUUUUCAUUUAUCAAAACUAAAACUUAUCUUUCCUCUCAGGUUCGGCUAUGGAUAGUUCAAGUUGCACGUUGGUGCUAUGUGGAAAGUCGUCGGUGGAGAAUGAAAUUGCUGCAUCUCUGAAGAAGAAUGAUACUAUUAAGCUUUCUGAAAACACUGACCUGUCUGUGUUCUUGAAAUCAGAAAUUGAUAACUUGUACAAACAGCAAGAGAAAUCUUUCGAUAUGGAACUUUACAUGAAUUGUCUUUCGACACAGAGAUUCGGAAGACUUUUAAUUUGGUCACCCCUAAUAACUUCCACUCAUGAUGUUGUUUCCAGCAAUUUCAGUGAGCUUCCAAUCGGCACAGUUUGUGUUGCUGACAUACAGUAUAAAGGACGGGGUCGAUCAAAGAAUGUUUGGGAAUCUCCUGUUGGUUGCUUACUGUUUUCAUUCACGGUUCAGAUGGACAAUGGGCGAGCGGUUCCUUUGCUGCAGUAUGUAGUUUCACUUGCCGUUACAGAGGCAAUAAAGGAAGUUUGCGAGAAGAAUGGCUUACCUUAUAUUAGCGCUCAAAUUAAAUGGCCAAAUGAUAUUUACUUGAAUGGCCUCAAAGUUGGAGGUAUAUUAUGCACAUCGACCUACAGAUCGAAGAAGUUCAAUAUUAGUGCUGGUAUUGGUUUGAAUGUUGACAAUGACAAUCCGACUACGUGCUUGAAUGCCUUCCUGAGAGAAAUGUCCCCUGCAGCUUGCCGCUUAACCAGAGAGGAAAUUGUGGCUUCAUUUUUCAACAAAUUCGAAAAGCUUUAUGAUAUAUUUAUAAACCAAGGAUUUGGACCUCUCGAGGAACUCUACUAUGGAACAUGGCUGCAUAGUGGGCAGAGAGUAAUCAUUCAAGAGAAAGAUAAGGAUCAAGUUAUGGAGAGUAUGGUAACUAUACAGGGUUUGACGUCCUCAGGGUAUUUGUUGGCUAUGGGUGAAGACAAUCAAAUGUAUGAGCUUCAUCCUGAUGGAAAUAGUUUUGACUUCUUCAAAGGAUUAAUCAGACGGAAACUUGAAUGAAAGAUGCAUGCACUCGAGGAAAGUUGGAUGUUUUGCUCUGCCAAAUGACAAGCAGGUUCACCAUGAUAUCUCGUUGCAUACUUUGAACAGUUUUUGUAGCAUGAUAGGCAGCUUUUCAAACUAGACGCAGUCCUAGAAUCCAAAGUUUUCCAAAUUGAGACAAAUUUUGCCCAUUAGUUCGGUUUGAGGCUUUGUGGUUAUGCUGCUGCAAAUGUGAAAAUAUACAUCUCUUCUCUUGAGGAUGCAUGUUUACUCAGGAUCUUUGUAUUGAUCAAAUCAAUAGAAGGAGAUCUU